UCUGAAUGCAGCGAUGAUAUUGGUUCCCCGCAUUUAAUUCACUCUUUUUCCGUAACUGACUUACGGAGUACAAAAUGAGGUCUUGAGGUAAAUUUAUCCCUUUCAAGGAAACGGAGACACAUACAUACAGACAUCUCUAGGGGUCAAUGACUUUCCUUCGUUCUUCCAACGAAAAAGAAAAAGAACUUGUGAUCGGAAUGCCGACACGUGAAUGUCGUCAUGAUCGGGUACCUUCAAUUCCCUCGGCUGUUGAAAUAGACGAGUUUCUCUCUAUAUAUAUUAAAGCAAAGGACCAUCAUGUUGUGUCCUCUCUCAUUUGGUUCCCCGGUGUGUAUAGACAUACAUUACUUUACUUGAAUAUUGAAUGUAUCCUAUAUACAAGAUAUAAUACCAAGAUUACUAUUAUUAUAUGCGUUAUAUUUCCCCUCAUUAUUAGUCUCACCAAGGAUUUCCUUUCCGGUGAACGCAAGCAGAAACUGUGACUCUUUGCAGGUAACCACCUUCCAAACCAUCUCCGGCACGGGAGCCGUUCAUCUCGGAGCCCUCUUCCUCGCCAAAUUCCACCCCCAGAACCCCAAGCCCACCGUCUACC